GCUUGACAGGUCCAGUUAGGUCCAGUUAUUGUUUUCCAGGGGGGCUGGUAUGCUUUGCUUUGCUUUGCUGCUUUCUCUGUAUUUCAUGGGUGUUCAAUAUGUCGGACUCGCCGCAACCUGUGCAGCGGAGGAGGAAGCGCGAUUCCACUCUGCAGGCGGUCGACCUGUUGAAUGGCCUCAUGGAUACUAACACGCAGAGGACUGCGUCCCGGGCGAAUCGACCCGGUCCCGCCACCCCGCAUCCCUCGCGUCGGCUCACGUAUUCUGUCAGGAGAGAUGCUACCGAUAUGAUCGAUGGAUUUGGUCCGGUUUCUCAAACUGUCCCCCAAAGGCCAAGACACGCCCACCCGAUCGAAGUCACUCCCCGUCGGUCAUUAAGGUUCUUAGAACCCGUGCCUGAUGGAUCCACUCAGGAUGGGAGCGAUCAAAUGUUGCAGCCUCCCAAAAGCCCAGAAUCCGAGCACGAAUCUGGCAAUCAGUCAGAUGAGCCAGGUGAGGUGCAGUCUUUAGAAAAGGCAGAAGAGGGUUUCGGGGAUGACACUCACGUAAUUCCCCCACGCCCAAGUGCUGAGACUUCAGCCGAAGAUUACUCGUCAAGCGACGCUGAACGUGAUAAUGAAGGCGAUCAUAUAUCGUCCCAGAGUGACGAAGAGAUGCUUGAUGGCGAAGAUCUGGCAUCAGAAGUGGAACUUUUCUCAAAUAAUGCUGGAGACGCCCACCAGUCUACCGGCCGGCCUAGCCCAUCGCCAUCUUCCAGCCAGGAGACUCCUGGUCGUAAGCCCAAGACACAGUCUGGCAGCGAUAUAGUUUCAGAGGCAACAUUAGUAGAAUCAAAUGAAGAUACGAGCAACGAUCAGUGGAGAGAUGCAUCCCAACAGCCAGCCGAUAGGCGAGACUCCAGCCGCAGUGAUGCUUCAGCGACAAAGCGACUUCCCACAAUUGCGGUUGAGAUAAGUACAGCAACGCCUUUAUCAUCUAAUAUCUCAAAAACGGUGGACCACCAAGCGGAUGGACCAUCGAGGGAUAAUGAAACGCGAACACUAGAACAAGAAGCCAAUAUUGUCGGCACCACACAGGAUGAAGACCCACCAUACCAACCAUUAGAGGCAUCCUCAUCAUCGGUGCCUUUUCCUGAACCUAACUCAUCCCAGGAUGACCCUCAGCAUCAUCCUGCGGAAGCAAGUCCGCGGUCUGAGUCAGACCCAUCACGGCAAUCCACGAAACGGAGACACUCGACUACGAGCUCACAGGGUACGGCCAGAGAAAAUAACAUACAGCCCGAACACCCAACGUCCACUGCUCGUCAGCAGGCCAGCUCCUUUAUUCCCAGAGAGAGUCCCGCCGAUAAUCCCCAGCGCUCCUGUGACGCUGACCACCGUGGGGAACGACAUGCUACGGAAUAUGCUUCCCAGGGAGCCAUAGCCAGGUCUGCCACCCAGGACGGACCUACCCAGGAGAACCCGGAUCAGCGGAGUCAUGGGGCUGAACGCCCGGAAGAUAGCGCGUGGUUCAAGGAAGCCUCUGAACUUGACGGCCAGGCCUCCAAUUGGAAAAAGCUCAUCCAGAGCAUGCACCCUCGAAACAUAGCUUUCAAUGUCAGGGAGGUUGACAUUGAUUUUGAGCCUCUGAAGCGUGAAUUAUCCUCCCUAAUCCAGGCCUACAAAGGGAUUAUCGAGUACUUGGCGUCUGAUUUUGGACCGCCAGAGUUUGACGUGCGCAGCUGCAGCGCGACGCUUGAAACGGUUGACAGACAAGGACGCCGUCAACUGGAGAAGGCUUACACACUCUCGACUCAAGGGGAUGAGGUGGGAGGCGGGGCACUGGUGGAAGAAUUCGAGAUCCAAAUCUUCCCGCUGUUAGUACGGCUGGUUCUCGUCUGUUUUGAAGCUUACUACGUGGAUCAUCGACUCUUCCCGGAAGCAUACGGCCAUUUUCAGCAUGCCAUGAGAGUACUGCUAGGGCGUUGCAAUCAGAUCGGCGGUCUUGUUCGGGGGAAAUAUGUGGCGUGCCGGGCCGUCAGCCCGGGCUUGCGUCUGCCCCUGAAGCGACUCCUUGAAUCGCUUGAAAACGGGCGCCUGAAAAAGGGCCACCGACGGAAAGAUGUGGAGGUUGAUAGGCAUGCGAAGCCGCCGACAAAAACUGCUAAGCAGGGCCAGUCCAAGCCUCCGAAGCCGACCACUCCGGCACAGGCUUGGACAGAUGAAGAGGGCUACGCUCUUGUCGAGGGUUUGCAACGAUUCCAGGGUCCGGACCGCUACUAUCGAAUCUGUGAGUUCUACCACGAUGGCAUCGGUCAACGCGGGGAGAGGGAGGUGCGUAAACAAAGCGAAAGACUGUAUCACCAAAUGCUCCCGCAAAUCCGGGAAAUGGCGCAGAGGGGAGAAGACCAGUGGGAUUGGGGUGGUUGUUGAAGGUGGUGGAGUGAGGAUGGAAAAUAUAUUUAUUUUGGCUGCGGUAAUGAUAGUUUUGAGUGCAGUCGUGUCAUAUACCCCGGGAGUUUGUGGAUUUUCUCCCUUUUUAGUGUUAGGUAUUAGUCUUAGCGUUUCCUGCCAAGGUAACUCUAAUUGCGUGAAUGAAAUUGGGAUGUGAUUGUCAGUCUAC